AUGACUGCCGAAAAACUCACGGGCCGUGCCCUUUAUGACUCCAUCGGGAAACCCAAAACCAUCGUUGCACCCAUGGUGGAUCAAUCAGAACUAGCUUGGAGAAUUCUUCUGAGAAGAUAUGGAGCUGAGCUUUGCUACACACCAAUGUUCCAUGCCCGGCUCUUUGCCACCGAGGAGAAAUACAGAAACAAGAUGUGGUCUGAAUGGGACGGCGAUAACACCAGAGACAGACCAUUGGUGGUUCAAUUCUGUGCUAAUGACCCAGACUAUUUGCUUGAUGCUGCCAGAUACGUGGAAGAUAAAUGUGAUGCCGUCGACUUAAACUUGGGAUGUCCUCAAGGAAUUGCCAGAAAGGGCAACUACGGAGCGUUUUUGAUGGACGACUGGGACUUGGUGUAUAAAUUGAUCAGAAAGCUCCACGAUAACUUGAAAUGUCCAGUGACGGCGAAGAUCAGAGUUUAUGAUGACUGGGAGAAGUCAUUGGAGUAUGCGAAGAUGGUUCUCAGUGCUGGAGCCCAGUUUAUCACCAUCCAUGGAAGAACUAGAGACAUGAAGGGCCAGGCCACCGGAUUGGCCAACUGGAAGGUUUUGCGGUACUUAAGGGACAAUUUGCCUAGUGACCAAGUGUUUUUCGCCAAUGGAAACAUCUUGUACCCUGGUGAUCUUGCAAGAUGCACGGAAGAGGUUGGAUGUGACGCCGUUAUGUCUGCAGAAGGUAACUUGUACAAUCCUGGAGUUUUCUGGACAAAAACAGAGGAUAGAGAAAAGCAAUUUGCACGCGUGGACAAGAUGCUCCGCGAGUACUUUGAGAUUGUCAAGGAGUGUCCCGGUGAGGCAUCUCGUGUGGCCAUGAAGGCUCAUUUUUUCAAGAUUUUGCAUGCUUUCCUUAAUGUCCAUAAGGAGUUGCGUCCCGUUAUUGGAAAGACCAGUGUGAACUCCGAUUUCAGCGAAUGGGAUGCCAUUGUGAAGCAGGUGGAGACGAUAGUGGAAGAAAUUUAUGCUAGACCUAACAUCGACGAGCUUGAUGUGAUCACUGAAGGGGAGGUGCAGCUGUGGGGAGGCAAGUAUAAGGUUAUUCCAUACUGGAGAUGUCAGCCAUACUUCAGGACGGUGAAUGGAGAGAAACAGAAUACGCGAGUGCUCAAGGUGGCUGCCAGUGGAGAGAUCCCAGAGAAGAAGAAUGAGGAGGAGGAAAAGGUGGUUGAGACGAAAGUUGAGACGAAGGCAGGAAAGCGUCCAGCAGAGGGAGAUGAAAGUGCAGCCAAAAAGGUGGCUGUUUAA